AUUAUUUAUACUAUUUUGAUUGCCGGACACCUUUCAGCUUCCGGACAUACAACACAAUCGGGAUACCAGUCUUCAAACAGCAAAAAAAUUGUAUCGAUAUCGUCGGAGUAGACAUCAUGACCAUUUCAAGAAAUUUGCUACAAAAGAGGAGAGUCUGCAAAACAUACCAACGGAUGUUAAUGAAGCUGGAUGGAAAUUCUUGGUAUACUACUUCAGCUCUGAUGAUUUUAAGAAAAUGAGUGAAAGAAACAAAAAUAACAAGGCAAAACAAGAAGUGAAUCAUAUUUGCGGCAGAAAAACUUUUCAAGCAUUGUCUUAUGAAGCGAGGGACACAACCACUGGAAAAGAGCCGAAUUUUCAAAAACUUUGGGAAAUAACUCACAUGAAGCCAAAUGGGCAAUGGGUUACUAAUGCUUCUGCUGAAGUGAAUGAUAAAGUGAAAGAUGUUGUUGCUGAAAAAAUUCAAGAAAUUGAAGAGGGUACGGAUGUGGAUCCUAUUAUUAAUGCUGCAUUUGUGCAAAUAAUGGGAGAAAAAUCAAAGUACAUUCUUGGUCAAGGAUCUGGAAUUAAGUCAGCAAGUAGAAUAUCUAGAAAUGAAAUUCAAGAACAACUUCAAGCACAACAAAAGGAAGAAGAAGAAGAACGUCGUAAACGAGAGAGUGUAGAAAGAAAGCUAAUGGAAGUUAAGAAUCAACUUGAAGAGGAGCGAAAAAACUGAGAAGUAAUGGAAGUUCGUUUAGUGCAUGACCAAAAAUUGUUAAAAGAGAGCAUGAUGGCGCUAGUAUCUCAUUUGCAGAAUCCCAAGCACAAAUUUCAUAGCAACUUGCAUAUAGCUAUCUUGUUCCAAUAGGCUGCAUCUAGGAUAUUUAGUCCUCCUGCCUCUCUAGGUAAGCAAACUCUAAUUACUAUUAUUAUUACAUGUUGAACUAGUGCUAUUGUCAGGUAUUGCCCAUUGAUCUCAAAACAUAUGUUGUUAGUUCGAGCAUCACAUCUGGUAAUUAGAUGAAAAUAGUAUAUGUUGCUGAAAAUUUGUUUUUGUUUACAAGUAUAUGUUGCUGGUAA